CGUAACUGACUGAAGUCCACAUCAGCUGUGAGAUCUGAUACACCUGGGUUUUCCAAUGGAUCAACUACUUGGUGUUUGUGGAAGGCCUGAAAUUAAAAGAAUUUGGUAUUUUGUAUAUACACAAUACGAGCUGAUAACCUAAUCGGUACGAACAGUGCUCGCCACACGUGUUGAUCUUAGGAAACAUUAGCCAAAAUGCCAGAAGAGGGAAAUAUGGAUUCAGAAGCGAAUACCAAGUAUAAAGACGGUGUCAACCGUAAUGCCCGACUCAUAGUAAGAAAUAUUUCAUUCAAAUCUACUGAGGAAUCAUUAAAAGAACACUUUUCAAAAUAUGGAACUGUUGAGGAGGUCAAAUUAUUAAAGAAACCUGAUGGAAGACUUGUUGGAUGCGCUUUUGUGCACUUUACGCAUGUCCCAAUGGCAAACAAGGCGCUAGUUGAAACACAUAAGAAACCAUUUCUAGGUAGACCAAUAUAUGUGUCGUGGGCAGUACAAAAGGACAAAUACACUGGAGAGUUGCCCAAUAGAGAACCAAAUCUGAAAACUGUUAGCUUUUCUUCUGACGAUGAAGAAGGAACACCUAGAGUUAAAGAAGAACAAAAUGGAGAAGUAAGGAAAGCAAAAAGAGAGGAGAAAGUAAAGAAAGAGGAAAAACAAGUACGAAUUAAUCGUAAUGCUCGGCUCAUCAUCAGAAAUGUUUCGUUCAAAGCCACAGAAGAAACACUCAAGGAACACUUUGAGCCCUAUGGUACUAUACAGGAAGUGAAAUUGUUGAAGAAACCAGAUGGAAAGCUGGUUGGUUGCGCGUUUGUUCAUUUUAAAAAUGUACCCAUGGCAAAGAAGGCUCUGCUCAAUACAAAUAUGAAGCCAUUUUUGGGUCGUCCCAUAUCCGUUGAUUGGGCUGUAGCCAAAGACAAAUACAUGCAGCAUGUAGUUAACCAACAAAUUGAGAUGGAAGACCAGGUGAAGAAGGAAGACGAUUCUGAUUAUGAUGAUGAUCAGCCGCCUCUAAAUAUUUCUAGUGAAGAUGUUAAGGAGGAAGUUAAAAGUGAGUCAGACAGCGAUAACAGUGACAAUGAAUCAGAUGAUGAAAAGCCAGAAGUCGAUUCUGAUGAGGAUGAGAGUGAUGAAGAUGGUGAAGAGGAUGAAGAGGAUGACGAGGAUGAGGAUGACGACGAUGAAGAUGAAGCAGAGGAUGAUGAUAAAAGUGUAACUAGUACACAACCAGAAAGACAAAGGAUAAAACUCAAUGACGCCGAGGAUGGAUGCACAGUGUUCCUAACCAAUGUACCAUUUAGUAUAGACAAUGAACAAUUACAAGCAUUUGCGGAGAAAACUGGCCCCGUUAAAUAUGCGCUUGUGUGUGUGGACAAACUCACUGAACAUUCUAAGGGAUCUGCUUUUAUUAAGUUUGUGAACAAAGAAGACGCAGAUCGUUUCCUAGCAUUACCGCCCAGUGAACUCCGACUCGACGGUCAAGUUAUGAUGGUGAAGCCGGCGCUUAAACGGGAAAACGUACUCAAGGAUAAGAAACAGCCGAAAGAUAAUAGGAACUUGUAUUUGGUGAAGGAAGGAGUGGUGGUGGCCGGCACGAAGGCGGCGCUGGGCGUGUCCGCGAGCGAUAUGGCGAAGCGACUUGCGUUAGAGAGGAGCAAGACGCAGAUGUUGAAGAAUUUAAAUAGAUUCGUGUCCCGCUACCGUCUCGUAGUAUCAAACCUAACACCCAACUACACGGACGACACGUUACGACGCCUGUGCCGGCGGUUCGCCAGCAAGGGCGCUGUGAUCACUGAGGCGCGGGUCAUGAGGGAUUUAAGGGCGCCGUUACAAAAGGACGGGAAACACCCUUCCAAAGGCUACGGCUUCGUAAUGUUCACGCGGCACGAGGACGCGCUCGCAUGUCUCAGGAAACUGAACAACAAUCCCGAUGUAUUUGACAAAAACAAUAGACCCAUCGUGUCCUUCUCAAUUGAAGACAGAACGGCGUUAAACGCAAGAAAGAAGAGAUUGGAGAAGUCGAUAGCAAACAAUCCUUUAGCCAACAAGGACACUGAAGAUGGCGCUGGCAAAGGCAAAGGGAAGAAUAGAAAACGAAAGAGGCCAGCCAUACCCGACGAGAGUUACGCUAAGAAAACGAGAUUUGACAAAAAACCCCAAGAAACAGUAGGAAAAUUCGUUAAAAGACCAGAUAAUGAUCAGAUAGAUGAAUAUACAGGGUUAACAGCAAAAGCAGGCGCGCCCCACAAAAUGAGGAACAACCAUAAACUAAGGAUGCAAGCUGACGUCCAUAGACAAAACGUUAAAAUGGAGAAGAAGAAGAGUAAGAGAUCGUGGCAUUUGAAAAUGGCGGCCAGAGAGCGAGUGAAGCAACCGAAACAAAAGAUUAACAAGAAUAAAACUGGGAAACGGAAUAAGAAGAGGAAAUUUAAUGACGAUUUUAAUUAUUAAUGUGUAAAUAUAUAUUUGUUAAAUGA